UGCUCGUACGAUACUAACGCCUCAUCUGGUUGUCAACGGAAAUAACAGUCUACAGAACGAUUCUCUCUGUCUCUUUUCUCUUUCUCUUUCUCAUACUAAUAAUAAUCUGUAUCAGUUUUUAUUUUCUUUCCUCAUCAUCUCUCAUUUCAUCAAUCUCAUUUCAUCACUUUCUCUUUUCUCUAUCUCUUUUACUGUGUUCAAAUCAAUAUGUUCAUCUAUUUUUUAUUAUUUGUGUCAAAACGAUAAUUAUUCAAGUAAAUUGUUGUUAUUUCUAAAUUGGAUUGUUGUGAGAUUUAAAUGAUCAUUUGGUAGAUAAAUUUACAGUCCAAAAAAAUUAUUAACUGUAAUAUUUCGCCAUCAAACCAUAUUCUUUCACGAAAAUAAAGCGGUGUUACCUUGUUUCUUCUGCUUCUCCCACUCUCUCUCUAACUCUCUCAAAACGUUGGAUUAGUUUUUUGGUUCAAAUUUAAGGAAUCCUUUUGUGAUUGUCCAUGUUGAUUCUAAUCUAACAUUACCUGUUUGUUUGUUUGUUAAUUUUUACCAACAACUCUGGGAAUCACCUUUAACCUUCUCAUUAUUCAGCUUGCUGUAUAAACUCAACACGAAAGCAACAAACACGUGCGUCUUCAUUUCUCUUUCUUCUUUUUACUUCUUCUCAACGUCGUUUGAAAAAGCAUCUUCACAUUUCCCAUUUGGAAGAGUUGUUCAAAUCUUAUCAGCCCAUCUCCUACAUUAAUUAGAAUCAAAGACGCAAUUCAAAGACAUUUGAAAAAAUCAACUUCUCUCAUCUCUUUCCUGACUGCCCGAUUCAGUUUUUUUUUAUUGAUUCUUAUUAUUCUUAUCAUCAUUAUACUGUUACUAUUAAUUGUUAAUUCAACUCACUUAUUACCUCUCCUCAACAUUGUUAAUUGUUAACCAUCUCGGAACCCUUUUACAAGCUUUGUUGUGUGUGUGUUUAACCUUAACUCAAUUUUGGUUGACCUUUUUUAUAGAGUUAUACAUAUAAGCAAAUUUUAUUUAUCUUUUUCACCUCAAAAUAGUUCAAUACUAGAAGAUAUUAUAUAAAUAUAUACAUAUUGAUAUAAUUUUAGUUAGCAUUUAAAGUCGAUCUCAAAAAAGAGUGAAAUUUAAAUCAUAAUCAUCAAAACAGCGAUUACAACUGUUCAAGUGAGCAUCAACGUUAACAAAGUUUACUAAGUCAUUAUCAAGCUACGAAAAUGCACGUCGAGAUUCAAGUAGCUCUCAACUUUUUGAUCUCCUUCCUUUAUAAUAAGCUUCCCCGUCGUCGAGUCAACCAAUUUGGUGAAGAACUCGAAAAUGCCCUUAAACUUAAAUUUGAGGGUCACUGGUAUCCUGAAAAACCUUAUAAAGGGUCAGCCUUCCGAUGUGUCAAGACAACUCCUCCAUUGGACCCUGUUUUUGAGAUUGCAGCUCGUGAAAGUGGAAUGGAUAUUGUUGAUAUCCAAGAAAAUUUGCCUCAAGAAUUGUCCAUCUGGAUCGAUCCUGGUGAAGUUUCCUAUCGAAUGAGUGAGAAAGGUCCCGUUAAAAUACUCUACUCUGAAUCUGAUCGUCCCCAUGAUUUAGAAAAUUCUGAUCGAGAGGUUAUCCGAACCUUUAAUCCAGAAGCCCAGUGUUUCAAGCCCAUCGAGACAACAGCCAUGGCAUUUGGCUCUCUUUCCUUAGGACCUGCUUCAACUUCACCAUCUUCCCUUCAUGUGAUUCCCAAUGGAUUCCCAAGUUCACCCAACGGUAAUACCAAUGGAUCUAAUUCCUCACCUUCAGCUGCUGCUGCCGCUGCUGCUGUGGUUGCUGCCGUUGUUAACGGUAAUGGUUCUGCUGGAAAUGUUGCUAAUCAACCCAAUGGAGGUAAUAAUCUUAUCAACACCAGUAACUCGGUUACUCCAUCUCCAAUCUACAAAUCAUUUACCACUGGAUCCAUGGGUCCUUCUGGUUUCAUGCCCAAGCCAUCUUCAUCGAAUGUCACUUUUACAACAGCCACCUUUGCUCAAACUAAAUUUGGUUCAACUAAACUAAAAUCAAACACUAAAAGGUCACACCGAAUGUCACCCACCGAGUUUUCCAACUAUAUUAAGCAACGAGCUCUUCAACAACAACAAGCUGCCACUGCUGCUGCAGUUGGUGCCGUUUCACCCAAUGGAAAUGAUCGAAGUGAUAGAGGAGGUCUUUCAGCUGGAUUGGUUAAUGGUGUUCACAGUCCAUCCAACAUUUCAUAUGUUCAUGGAUCACCAAACGGCACUGGAUUAUCUUCAGGUAACAUUUCCCCGCAAAACUCUCGAUCAAUGUCUCCAAUUGGAAGUAACAUAAAUGGAAACGCAAGUUCACUUGAUUCUGUUUCUAAUCUACUCUUUAUGGGAAAUAAUUCAGUGUGUACUUCAGCAACCUCGCCAAUUACACACUCACCUUCCCCAUCACUUUCAUCCUUUUAUUCUGGUAAUCAUGGUAAUGGUGGUUUGGUUGGUCAUGGAUCAAUUAGUCCAAGGCAUCAUCCUUCUCACCAUCAAUCAUCACCCAACUCUGGUCUCUCCUCCAGCUUAAACGGACUCUAUGGAUCAUCUUCUUCCACCCACAACAUUGACUCUCAGUUGGCAAAUCUUUUGGGCUCAUCAAACCUGAUACCUAAAUCUUCAUCGCCCUCCAUGUCCAACGGAGUCAACUCAACGACCACCUCCAAUAAUAAUGUUUUCAAUCGAUUUGCAUCUCUCUUUGAUAAAGGUUCACCAUCAUCUAACCUUUAUUUGUCCAGCAACAGCAAUUCACCAACAAAUGGAAGUAAUACAAACAACAUCAUGACUUCAGUGGCAAACAAUUCAACCAGUUCAAACAACCUUAUCAACAUCAUCAAUAGCAACAACAACAAUAACAAUCUCCAUUCAAUGCUAAAUGGAGAUAAUUCAUCGAUCUCAUCUCAAUGCUAUCCCAGCAAUACUAUUCUUGGUUUAUACGGGAAUAAUGGACAUCAAACUUCACAGACUGACCUAACAUGCGGAUUAGGAUCAAAUGUUUCACUUUCGUCAACAGUAACAGAUUCAGUUUCUCCUUCUUCAUCACCUUCAUCCUCUACACCUCCUUCAACCAUCUCUCUAUCAGCUACUUCAGCACCCAGCCCAGCCGCUUCUUCUCCAACUAUUGCAGUUCCCUUAUCAUCUUCAGCAUCACCUUCAUCAUCACUCUCCAAUUCAGCCUCAUCAUCAACCUCUUCUUCUCCCUCCUCUUCAAUGCCAUCAGCAUCCUCAGUCCCAACAGCAUCCGCCUCGAACUCUUCAUCACCAGCAACAUCCACAAACAAAGGAUUUGACAGUUUUUCAUUCUCAUUGAAUGGAGUUUCUUACCCUAACCAAUAUCAACACCUACUGGUUGCUAAUUAGGAUUGAGAAUCAAAUGAGAGUUCAAUUUAUUUAGUUAAAACGUCAAUAAAUCAAGAACAAAUAAAAAAAACUAAAAAAAAGGAUAAACAACGCACUCAGUGAAGAAAGCUAAUUGUGUGCACCGAUAUUUAAUUAUAAAAUAAUUUUUCAAAAAAAACAAACAAAACCUUUUUACCUCAUUCAAACACAAAGAAAUAAGUUACCCUGAAAAACUCCAAGUUUUCCUUUGCCUUCUUUUCGCAAAAAGCCCCUCAAACCCUUCAACCCAAAACUCCAAACAAAAACGCUUCAGUGUCAAAGAUAAUCUUUGAAACUUUUUUUCUUCUGACAAAAGCAAAAAAAAUAACUACAUCAACUGAUGAUAAUAAUGGUGAUGAACUUGCUGAGAAUGAACAAGAAGAAGAGGUAACAAAAAAAUCUAAUUUUAUCAGAUCUCUUUUCUUGAUUUUGUGUGAUUUUUACAUAUAUAAUAUGACAACAAGAAAACAAAAACUAACAAAAAAAAAACUCCUUCCUAAAAUUUCGCCGACGAACAAUUGGCGAAAAAUUGAAGAUGAAAAAAGCGCAAAAUGCUUUCUUCUUCUUCUUCUUUUCUUUUUACACUAACAUAGAUGAAACAAAAGUACAUGUUAUCAUUACUACUAUUAAUACAAUUAUUACUAUUAUUAUUAUAUACUACAUUAUAUAUUGUAUUUGACAGGGAGGUUUAAGCCAUCUCAUACUUUAUCUGUCCAGAUGAAAAACUGUUGAUAAUUUGAAACAUUUUUUUCCCCUUCUCAUAUUUUACACUCAUAAUUAUGUUUCCUUUACUGCUGGUUGAAACAUUGAAACAUUAUAUAAUUGUAAUACACUCAUACACCAUGCAUACAUAUAAAUAUAUAUACAAUAUAUAUAUAUUUAUAUUUGAUUAUUCUUAUGGACAACUAACUAUUAUUAACAAAUCAAAUCAUAAUUAGUAGCGCUUAAAAAACGUGAAUUGCUGCCGAAUCAUAUAUAUAUACAGUUAUUGGUAUAUAUUUAUAUACAUUUAUAUGUAUGUAUGUGUAACAAUUUAUAAAUAGACUUGAUGACAACAAAUGAUUCUCUGGUAGAUUAACCUUGUUUUGUGAAUAGCUUUUGUGGCACAAAUGCAGUUGAGCUGCAAAAAGAUACCAACAAAACCAGCACCUCAAGAUCUUCAUCAUCAUUCUUCUCCCUCCAAAAUCGCUAUCUUUUUUUUCAUACUAUAAAUAUCAUCAUAACUGAACUUGACUAACAACAAAAAAGUCACUCCCAAGGCUUGAUUUAUAAAUAAUUACAAUAACUUUAUAUUUGUUACGAUUCUUAGUUACAAGUCUCUCUCUCUCAAUCUCUACUCUUUUUUACCCCUUUCAUCAUUUUUCUUCAUCUUCUUUCUCUCACCUGAAAAAAGUUCUUAAGGUGUUCAUCUUGACUAUUAUCAUAAUACACUUUACUAUCUUCCAACAAUUUUGUCUGAAAAAACAACAUGUUAACAUAUUAUCUGUCUAAAUAUGUAAAAACUGGAUAAAUCCCAGAGAAUCAUUUGGUUAUAUUUAUAAUUUGAUUAACUUAACUUGAGACAAUUAACCAUUAAUAAACAUCUCGAUAUAAAUACAAAUAUAAAUAUAAAUUAUGAUACUUUAAAUUGAUAUUACUGACACACACACACAUAUAUAUGAAAAGCUAAAAAAAUAUAACUUAAUUUUUCACGUUUUACCGAAGAUUAUACAGACACUUUUCUUAAAGAAAAACCUUUUUUUGCAUCUUUCUUCAAAAAUCUUAAUGUUUUCAUUUCAUCUCUCUUUAUAUUAAUUAUCUUUAAUAUUAUUAUUCAUUAAUUGUUAACUCUUUUUUGCAUUCUCUCUGGAAACUUACAAGCUCUGUUAACAUCUGAAAAACCUUUUAAAUGUAAAACAUUGAGACAAUGUAUAACCUUUUAUAACUUAAUAGUGAGACUUUAACCAAAAACCAAAACAAAUAAUUUGACGGAAAAAAAAGACGGAUUAAAAUGGUUCCAGUUUGAUGAAAAAGACACACAAGCCAAAGCAAGGAAACAUCGCAAUCAAUAGCAACACCAACCAUGAGAUGAACUGGAUUGAAGAUGGCGGAAGAUGAAAAACAAAAUGUGAAACUAAUUGCAAAGGACAGUUUAAAUUGAAAGCAAAACAAGCUUAACCAGGAUUAACCCAACCAACUGUAACUCCUAAUCCAGUGCAAAGUUAGCUUUCAUCUAUAGCAAGAAUGAUAAAUGAUUGCAAAAGCUCAUCUAAUUUCAUCUCCAUCUACAUCCUCAUCUUCAUCUCUACUCUUUCUCUCUCUCUCUAUCUUCCUCUUUUCACUCUUAUCCUUAGAUGAUGAUGAUAAACCAAUCGCAAAAACACACAAAAUUCAUAGUCAAUUCACACUCACAUUGCAAAAUCAUAAUAAUUAUUACUAUUAAUAUAUUAUUAUUACUUGUACAA